UGGAUUCGGGUUCUGCAGCGUGAACACCAACAACAAGGGCAUGACGCUGUCGCGAAAGUAUGGCGAACUAUGGCAGCGCAUAGAGUGCAGUUGCCGACAUCUGGACUACACGCGACCAUCGCAUGGACAAUAUUGCUGAGCCCUGGCUCGAUCGAGGAUGAACCCCAAUGGAACGGACUGCUGGUGAAGAUCAUCAACUACGCGAAAGCUCUGAGAAAGAACACUGGACAAACCUACCCCGCCAUAUACCAAUGCGUGUUGACUCCUUUCUUUCGCUCGCCCUCCACACCCUCCGCCCGAGUUAUCGUGAAAUGGCACAAACGUCUUCGCAGAGCUGGUUUCCAGCCGCCCGGUUCUGCUGUUCUCACAAUCCUUGACGCCGCAUUGCAGAGCCCACUUGGUAAUGAGGCAUUGUGCGCUCUGAAGACGAUAUACGAGUCCAGUGGCCAGCGAGAUCUGUACGACCAAUGCAUUCUCGUUGCCUUGACAAAUGGUGACGAGGCGAAGGCGCUCUUCCUGCAUCAGAUGUGCCUAGCUGCUGGCGAUGCCCCUAGUACGGAAUUCUUCUCCAGCUCCGGCGUCCAGCGCCUUUUCGACUUGGAUGGCGACAGAUCUCUCCCGAUGGUUCAAUCGCGUCGCAAUUCGCCCUCGCGGACGGACAAGAACGCUCCAUCGCAGCCCCAGGUUGCAUGGCCGAAGAUAAACAGGGAAGCCAUGAACGUCAUCAUGGGCGACGUGCAUGGAAUUCGACCCAAGGAGGUCAGCGAUCACUUCUGCGCGCGUCUGCUCGCCACUCGCAUGUUCUCCGUCGACUUUAUUUUGAAAGGUUUAUACACUCUCGGUGUUCAAACCUUACGCCCGUUAGCCGUGCGAGAACUGGCCGUGCGUGUCGAGUCGUCCGACGAAUUUCGGAAGAAGCUCGACACCUUGAAAUCACUUGGAAUACGAAUCGGCCACGAAGUAUACUGUCAAAUGGUGCUGAAAGCCAGCGUAGAACAAAGCAUAGGCCUCUGGCAGGUCCUCCUUACACCGGAUCAAGACGUUGAAGCCUACAACAAUCCGUCCCUCCAGGAAUCGGCUCUGGCUACUGCUCUCGAGAAGCAGGAAUGGUCGCGCGCCCAUACCGCGCUUGUUGCCCUCUCCUUCCAUGGUCCCGAAGCCGCAUUCUCGGCGUGGAAUCAGUUCUUGAAGCACCAUGCACAGCUCCAGCACGGUCUACCUGUGACGAGAAUCGUUGCGGACAUGCAAAAACUCAGGAUCCCGAUGCACAGUGAUGUGAUUCAUCAUAUCAUGCGGCACGUGCUUCGUCAGCGAAAUCCGGGACGGCGACAAGUAAAGGGGCACCGGCAGGCACACAUACAUGAUGACGUCUUGUUCGUAACGAGAACUCUCAUGGAGUCCUCGGAGGCUGGCACGCCCGUGCACCCCGAGGUCUGGCUGGAGUUGCUUAAACGAUUCGGGAUGGAGAACCGCUGGGAUGAGGUGGAGCGCUUUGUGCACUGGCUAUGCAACCACUACCGUCUGACAGACCCGGAGGAGCAGCGUCGCGCCCCAAAGGGGUUCCGUCACUACAAGCGCACGCUUUACCACGUCCUCAAUACGACUACGCAGCAAGCGUUGCUUACAUGGGGCUUCAACUGGGCUGUUGAGCAACCCGUGCAAGACCUGGAGCCGCGCACCAGACCACCCACCGCAACGCUCCUGGAAGACUUCGGAGAGCCCACCCGCACGUCACCGAAACCCACGGAAGACUGGGCUCGAGGGCUGGAAUUGCUCCUGCGGCUUCGAUCCCGAGGCGUCCCUGUCGAAAUUGCCGCAGUACGCCGGGCCUUCCGCCAACGGAUGUGGGUUCUCUUCGGUCCGGCCUUCUCGGUUCUCGGGCGCAACAACCGUGCGCGACGCUUGAAUCGCCUGAGUCUAGUGCACUACAUCCGGCACGCGAAUGAAGUGUGGCCGAGCCUGGUCGAUUGGAUUCAUCCGGCGCUGCUACAGCCGGGGGCGAACAUGAAGUUGCUCGCCUUGAAGUUCUUUGGCGUCUAUCGCUCCGUCGAUUUGAAGCGGAGGACGUUUGUCGAUGUGAGGCGGUGGCUGGGCCAGAUGUCUGAGAGGCAGUUUACUACCGAGAAACGC